GAGAACAGUUUUACUUUGGUUACUGAUGGGUGAUCUCACUGCCCUUUGAAUCCCGUAGACUAAAACUAACACGGCGCAGUUGAGGCAGGAGCUCAAGCACUGAUGGAAAAAGCCAGGAAUGUCACCGUAAUGGCUUUCUGCUCACUAACAACUCUGAAUCUUGAAUAGGUGGCUGGUAUUAGGUAUUGCCAUGGUGCGGUUUUAUAUACAGAAAGGAACACAUAGAGGCUUAUUCAGAAGCGUUCAAAAGACGCUUAAAUUUUUCCAGACAUUUGCUUUGCUUGAGGUAAUCCACUGUGCAGUUGGAAUAGUUCGCACAUCUGUGCUUGUGACUGGGGUCCAAGUGAGUUCAAGAAUCUUCAUGGUGUGGUUCAUUGCACAUAGUAUAAAACAGAUCCAGAAUGAGGAGAGCGUUAUUCUUUUUCUGGUCGUAUGGACUGUGACAGAGAUCACUCGAUAUUCCUUCUACACAUUCAACCUGCUCAACCAUUUGCCAUACUUCAUUAAAUGGGCCAGAUACAACUUUUUUAUCAUUUUGUAUCCUGCUGGAGUUGCAGGUGAACUGCUAACUAUAUAUGCUGCUUUACCCUAUGUGAAGAAAACAGGAAUGUUUUCACUGAGACUUCCCAACAAGUACAAUGUCUCCUUUGACUACUAUUACUUCCUUAUUAUUGUCAUGUUCUCCUAUGUGCCAUUGUUUCCACAACUGUAUUUCCACAUGCUGCGGCAGAGAAGAAGGGUUCUUCAUGGAGAAGUGAUUGUGGAAAAGGACGAUUGAAUCACGCUGUGUAACCAUGGUGCUUUUGGUGGAAAGGAAAAGAAGAGAGGGUAAAAACCCAAAACUUCCUCUGAUUUUUCUGAGUCCAAGUUCUAAAAUAUGGAACAAGAAUAAACAACUGUGCCUAAAAUAUCAUGGACUGUAUUAUUUUUGCAAUUAAUAUAUUUUCAGACCUACCUUUUCAUUCUCAGAUUCACUUUGGUUUUUAAUUGUUAAUUUCUUCAAAGAAAUAUUUUCUUAUUUUCAAUAGGUUGACAAUUAGCUUUAAGAAUUAGAAUAGUUGGCUACUGUGCAUUCUGUUCUGAAAGUUCUGUUAUGACCUGUAGUCAUUAUCAAGAACAGAAGGAGAGUUGAUAAGCUGUACUGAAAGUGAGUCUUCUGGAAAUCAGAGUGUAAAUUAAGUAAUGAUGUUUUUCAUAGACUGGGUGAAUUGAAUGGUAUUUAAGCUUUAUAUUAAGUAAUACCUUUCCAAUUAUAAGUACUGUAACAUGUUGUUCAACAUUUUUUGAAUCACAGUAUCACACUGCAGACUUCCAGAAGGACUUUUGAAAGGAGUUGAAUUCUUGCUUGUCAGUGCAAAUUUAGACCUCCCUGUAUUUUCAUUUGUAAUU